GGCCGCCGAAGCGCUCGUUUCGGUUUCAGUGUUUACUCUUUACAUCCCGAUUACACGUUCGAUGCUGACAACAACGACCCCGCCGAGAGCCGUCGCUCGCGCGGACGUCCACGUCCAAGACACGGACUGAGUAGUGGGUCUGUUCGGGGCUCGUCGAGCGUCAACGCGAGCCACGCUCGGCUGCUGUCGAUGCUAACCGACCGCGGUCGGCGCCUCUCGUUGUGCAACGUUCGUGUCGAACGCAGCCGACUAUCGGCGGAGCUGCAGCGAUGUUGCGAAGCGACGGUUCGUGUCGUUCGAUCCGCGAGCUGCUGCCGCCCGGGGUCGAGCCCCGAGCCCGCGGGAGCUCGUCUGGAGAUCAGGCAGCUUCGGUCAUGAGCUAGCUCGACGAGCUAUGACGGGUUCACGGUCCAGAAGGCCCCGGGUACCACUUUAUGAGAGGUACUUGAACGGACCACUGGUCUGAAGCAGGUUACAAGAAGUUCGUCUUUCUCUCACAACUGUUGAUUCGACUUCACCGCGGUCUUUCCGAGGGCUGUGGUCCAUGGAGGGUGGACUGCUCUGAGAGGUUCUUUGAAUGUAUAGGCUUCAUACAACACUCGGGCUGACCUUGGCUGUCUGCAUCGAGUGGCCAAGGCACAACCCCGUUUCUUUGGUUGCAGUAGCAGAGUGGAGGAGAGGGUCUGAGGCUGAUUACUCCCCCCAUAAGUCUUUGAAGAGGGGGGAGGAGGAGGAAGAAGGAGCUGUUAUAACGACCCCGAGCAUGGGGCAAAAAGUCCCAGGUGGCAUCAAAACCAUCGAUAUGCGGGAUCCGGCAUUCAGUCCCCUGAAGCUGGAGCUACAGGCCCUGAGUCGCACCAAGCCGUCUCGACUGGAUCUGCUGCUGGACAUGCCCCCUGCCAGCCCGGACGUCCAGGGCCAGCACUCGUGGAACAACGAUGACCGUUCGCUCAACAUCUUCGUCAAGGACGACAACAAGCUGGUGUUCCACAGGCACCCAGUGGCGCAGAGCACGGACGCCAUCCGCGGACGCGUUGGCUACACGAGAGGUUUGCAUGUGUGGGAGAUAAGCUGGGCCAUGCGACAGCGGGGCACGCAUGCCGUGGUUGGAGUGGCCACAAGCGAUGCCUCGCUACACUCGGUGGGCUACACAGCUCUGGUAGGAAGCAACGCUGAGUCCUGGGGCUGGGACCUGUGUAGGAGUAAACUCUACCAUGACGGCAAGAACCAACCAGGAAAAACCUACCCAGCCUUCCUUGAGCCAGACGACACCUUCAUAAUACCAGACUCGCUCUUGGUAGUCUUGGACAUGGAUGAGGGAACUCUGGGUUACAUAGUGGAUGGACAUUAUCUCGGGGUGGCGUUCAGAGGACUUAAGGGCAGGAAGGUCUACCCGGUGGUGAGCGCCGUGUGGGGACACUGUGAAAUAAGAAUCCGGUACAUAAAUGGUCUUGAUCCUGAACCCCUCUCUCUGAUGGACCUGUGUAGGCGUUCUGUGAGGGUGGCAUUAGGAAGAGACCGUCUGAGUGAAAUCCAUAGACUGCCCCUGCCGGCCUCUCUCAAGAACUACCUGCUCUACCAAUGACGCUGACGACAGUCACAACACACACACACAGCACGCCCUCGUCUCUUUCUCAUGUUUCUCUGGGAUCCGUCUUGGGUUGAACCCGUUUGACAGGAUUGUUCAAACCUCCAGGACUGACUCAACAAGUAUGCUUCUGUGUCUGUUUCUUAUCCUGUUUUUAUGACUCCUUGCAAUUGUAUCCUCUAACUUUGUGAAAUCAGGAAUCACUGAGCUCUAUGCACAUGCUGAUCCAGACGAUGCCACGACAGUCACCUUAUUGGUGUACCUCCUCCAGUUUGAUGUGGCAUAUUUAGUCAGUACCUCUGCUGUGACCUCCAGGCUUUAUGAUUAUGGAUUUGUAUCUUGUAGCAUUUUAAAUUGAAUUGUUGUGUGAUGGAAAUUGAACUUGGUGCAAAGGUGCUUUGUCAGUAUCUGACCACAAGGUGGCAUCACAUCAAUUUGUACAUCCUUUAAAAAAAUGAGAAUUAUAACAUGGAAUCCUAAUUGCUUUUAAAAGAUGUUUUUUUUUAAAUUAAUAAUGAAUAAAAAAAAUUGCUGUUCACAAAACAAGGAGAGGAGAUGCUGACCACUGCAUUGAGUCUCUGAAUGCACUGUGAGGCAGCUGAAGAGCAGCUUUCACCACUCACUGCACUGUUCCCUCUGCGAUGUGGAUGGACGCGCCCCAUUGCUUUUACCAUCAAGCAUGUGACGGGAACAUCAUCAGCAGAAAUUGUAACAGAAGAAUAAUGUCACUGUGAUUAUUCGUAGCAUGAUUCUACAGGAUUUCAGUUUUUUUCCUAUACAAUCAGUGUCUUUUUAAUCUUUUCUGUCACACCUGCUUUUUUGUAGCUCAGUCAUUUUCAACCACAUGCUGUCAAGACUCAAGAGUUGUUUUCUUUUUUAAUUCAUUCAACCACUGAAACGGCUACUGUAGUGUAACAGUUGGUUGUGAAGUAAAUCUACUACUCUUGGGUCUCACUGUCACAUAACUGAGAGCCAUUGAUGUAGUGUUUGUGUUUUAUGAGGGGAGGAGGGGGGCAGAUUAUUUAGGUGAACAAAGUUGUGCCUGAAUCGGAAAAACUGCAGAUCUGAGGCGACGUAAUGACAGAAGAGACAAUCCACAAAGUGCUGCACUAAUGUGAAGGUCAGGUUGCCAACAUGUUGUCAAAUGCCAUAUCACAGACCUGUUGACUAGUAUUUUCAAAUGUACAGAUGUUCACAUUCAGUACUCAGCUGGACGUGGACACACUGUGCCACACUUUACUUUCCCUUGCUUACAGAUUCCAUUUUAUUUGUAUUCCUUGAUGUAGUGUUGUUUGUAAUUAUCUAUUAAAGAUUAUUUCAAAUUAUUAA